CUAGAAUGCAUAACAUUUUUCUUAACAACCAGUACUACUCGUACACGCUAGGUUACACACCGGUUUAUAUGCCCAAAUGUAAUUGUAUGUGCGCAGAUAAAUGAUUUUAGUUUUAAUAAUGAGAAGUAUAUGUGAUCCAUAAUUGUCUGUGCACAAAUAUUUUUGAUGGAUAAUAUACCCGGGGGUAGCUUAUCCGAGGGGUUAUUGCGGAGAAUAACUAGAGAGAAGUCAGAGCAAGUGAGCAAGAGAGAGAGUGUAUAUUCGAUAUGUAUUAAGCGUGGUUUGCUUGGAUUACAAAUGGGGAAAAAGGGGCGCUAUUUAUAGUAGUGAUAAAUGUGAGAUAGGGACACGUGUCAUCAUUCAAUGGCCGAGGGGUCACAUCAACUGAUUGGCGCUGGCAGUCGCAUGUGGCCGCAUUUAAUGCGGCUGUUGGAUGUGACGUCGUACUUGGUACAGUGAUUCAGGCGCGUGUGGAGAGGAUAUUGUGUCGAGAAAGGUGCCCUUGGUUGCAGAUGAUAAGCCGAGGGCUCUGAGUACCGGGGAUCCCCUUAGUGCUGAGGGCUCUAGAUGCCGAGGGCUACUGAUUUUCGCCGUUUUCUCCCAGUAACUUUGUUUGCUUGAGUUGGCCAUCCUGUGAGAAUUUGGAGCCUUCGGCCAGGGGGCCGAAGGCACUCCCAAUGUGCUACGUGGGUUGCUCAGUACUUGGGGCGCUGUGUUUUGGGCCUGCUGUGCUCCCUGGGCCUAUUGGGCCUCCAUCAGGAUAGUAGGAGUCUAUGGGCCGGGGGAGUUUAGUAGUAGGAGUAUUACUAGUGGAGUUUUGAUUGACAAAAAUAUGACCAUUUUAGAUCUAGACACAAAACUAACCAUUUUUAUUCCGUCGUUUCUAUCGCGUUUCUCUCUCUCAUUUCCGCAUCUCCCUGCGCAUCUCUUUCCGGACUCCCAGCUCAUCUCUUCACAGCGCACCUUUCUGGUUGUGCCAAAUUGCCGGCAUCUCGAACGUGGCCUGCAUCUCCGUCUCGAGAAUUCGCCGCCUCCGUUGAAGAGAGUCUCCAACGCCAAACCAUUGCAGGUCGGAAAAAUCAUCCCGCACCGCCACCAGAUGAUCACACCUUCUUCCUGUGCCGCUAUUACAGCUCCACAACAUCGUCGCGUGCCACCAUAGAAGCUCUGACGCUCGCCUUCGUUUUCAUCCCUUUCUGUCUCACGUCGGGGAUGGAGAAUCAGAGAAGAUAGGCUAUAUUAUUGGAGAUCUGGAUGGAUUACCAGAUCUGAGAUGGAGAUUAGCAAACCACCAAACUAGAUCUGAAGAUGGUGGUGGCUAGGAUGAGGUGGUGGUGGUCAGAGCUGGGUUGGGCUGUCAAAGGUAGGGCUGAGAAGGGGUGGG